AAAUAAAAACGUCAAUUUGACACUUCACUUGACAACUCAGCUAGCCAGCUGGGUAGUUGCUCUCGAUAGUUUUUGUGCAAAAUUCAGGAUAUUAACAGAAAAAUGUCUACUGUCGAAGAAUUACAGAAGAAAGUGCAAGAGUUGGAGGCCAAACUAGCGGCCGUCCAAGGAAACGGGGGCCCAGUGCGGCAGAAAAUUGACGUGAUGUCGUCCGAAGUUGUGGAUUCUAAUCCCUAUAGUCGUCUCAUGGCACUGAAGAGGAUGGGUAUAGUGGACAACUAUGAGAGGAUCCGAGAGCUGUCAGUGGCAGUAGUGGGAGUUGGUGGUGUCGGCAGUGUCACUGCGGAGAUGCUCACCCGUUGUGGGAUUGGGAAGCUCAUCCUCUUCGACUAUGACAAGGUAGAGCUGGCGAACAUGAACCGGCUCUUCUUCCAACCACACCAAGCGGGGCUCAGCAAGGUGGCUGCGGCUGCUGCUACCCUCCAGAACAUUAACCCUGAUGUGGCCAUUGAUGUUUACAAUUACAAUAUCACAACGGUGGAGAAUUUUCAGAAGUUCUGUGAUGCUGUUAGCACUGGCAGUUUGACUGGCGGCCCAGUGGAUCUGGUCCUCAGUUGCGUGGAUAACUUCGAAGCCCGCAUGGCCAUCAAUACAGCCUGCAAUGAGCUCAAUCAGAAGUGGUUUGAGAGCGGAGUCAGUGAGAAUGCUGUAUCGGGGCAUAUACAGUUUAUUGUGCCCGGAGUGACCGCCUGUUUUGCUUGUGCACCCCCUCUAGUGGUGGCGUCUAAAAUCGACGAGCGUACGUUAAAACGCGAGGGUGUGUGUGCGGCCAGCCUGCCUACUACUAUGGGCAUCGUCGCCGGGUUCCUUGUACAAAACACGCUGAAGCAGCUGCUAGGGUUUGGAACAGUCAGCCACUACCUGGGUUACAGCGCGCUUACGGACUUCUUUCCUAUGAUGAGCUUGAAGCCGAAUACCCAAUGCGACGACAACCACUGUCGCACGCGGCAGGUCGAGGCGCGCGCGCGGCCGCAGGUGGAGCUCGCCACCGAGGUCACCGAAGACGCGGCACCCGUACACGCUGACAACGAAUGGGGAAUCAGUUUGGUGGAUGAAAAUUGCCCUGAAGACGAAGAUACCUCCAAUUUGAAGUUAGUUGACGGUGUUCAGGUAGCCUACAGUAUACCGGUAGACAACAGUACUCCCGAAUCAAGUACGGGUGGCGCCGUGGCUGCCUCCGAGCUGUCUCUCGAAGAACUCAUGCAGCAGAUGAAGUCCAUAUAAACCUGUUGUAGA